UACCUGAAAUAAACACAACGAAGAAGAAGCGGCGGCGGGUCAGAGGUCAGAGUUGACUCCAGUGAAAACAUGGUUGAACACGGGGACAUCCGCGUGGUUCACCGAGGUGGCAGUAAAAUAAACUUCAGGAAGCCUGUCAUCACCAACGACUCGAGAUUCCUCCUGUGCGCCUCAGGAGAGUGUGUGAAGGUGUUCAGCACCUCCACAGAGGAGUGUAUCCACGACCUGCGGGGACACACCGACCUGGUGACAGGUGUGCUGAUCAAACCCUCCAACCACCUGCAGGCCUACUCUUGCUCAGCAGAUGGCACUGUCAGACUGUGGGACUUCACAGACGGCAUCUUAAUUAAAACGUAUGUUAUCGGAUACCCGAUUUUCUCCAUCCACGCAUCUCCACACCAUGAAGGAGUCAUCUUCAUCGUUACUCCCAUGCUGGGUGACAAAAGAUCUGGAGAGUUGUUCCAGCUGGUCGCGGUACAUCUGCCACAGAGCGGAGAUCAGCUGGUGGAGGCCCGAGAGCUCUCCGCUGUGCUCACCGACAUCAGCUCCAACCCCGCCGCCACCGUCUUCGGCAGAGGGGGUGAAUAUAUCGCUUCAGCUAAUGGUUUGCAGCUGAAUGUCUACUUCUUCAAGAAGCAGAAGGCAUACAGGUUUUCCCUGAAAGAAGACAACAAGAAGGGAGGCAAGAACACGUUCACAUGUGUUGCCUGUCAUCCAAACGACGACUGCAUCGCCACGGGACACGAAGAUGGAAAGAUUCGCUUGUGGAGAAACUUCAACCACAAGAAGGAGUACACAUACUCCACCCUGCACUGGCACCACAGCGCCGUCAGCUCUCUGAGCUUCACCCCAGAAGGCACCAACCUGCUGAGUGGAGGCAUCGAGUCUGUGCUCGUCCAGUGGAGAUACAACCAGGAAAACCAGCGGGACUUCCUGCCUCGUCUGGGAGCCGCCAUCACGCACAUCGCUGUCUCACCUGAUGGAGCGUUGUACUGCACCUCACACAGUGACAACAAGAUCACGAUCAUCCAGAGUUGUGUUAAAGUCUCGGCUGUCAUUCAGGGUCUGGUCAAAGGAGAAAGUGUCGGGACAGACUUGAUGAUCGACCCGCGCAGCAAAUCUCUGGUUCUGAACGGGAAACCAGGUCACCUGCAGUUUUACUCUCUCCAGAGAGACAAACUUCUUUACAACCUGGACAUCGUGCAGCAGGAGUAUAUUCACGAGUCGGGCCUGCAGCAGUUUGAGGUGGUCAAGGCGGCUUUUGAUGCCUCUGGAAACUGGCUGGCAACAGUCGAGGAAAGAAAACAGAAAGGUGCUGAGCUGGAGCUCAACUUGAAGCUCUGGGCGUUUGACGAACAAACACAGAGUUUUGUGCUGAACACGACCAUCUCGGCCCCCCACGAGGCUCAGAUUACAGGCAUGUGCUUCAGCCACGCCGCCGACAGCCAGACCACCAUGCUGGUCUCCACCAGCAAGGACGGGCACUUCAAAGCCUGGCAGCUGGCUGCACAAUCCCAGACAGACGCAGACGAAGGUCCUUCCUGGUCGUGUGAUUUCGUCGGAGCCUAUCACGGCCUGGUGCCCGAGUGCUGCAGCUUCUCAGCCGACGGUUCCCUGCUGGCCGUCAGCUUUCAGGAGGUGGUGACCGUGUGGAGUCCGGCCUCCUGGGAGCUCCUGACGACUCUGUCGCAGCCACCGAAAGCCAUCAGGAAUCUUUGUUUUGGGCGACUAAGCUGCUCCAAGUAUCUGCUGGGAACCACCGGCAGCAACCUGCUCUGCUGCUGGAACCUCCUCACCUGCUCCCUGGAGUGGAGCACCUCGAUGGACGUCAGCCUGCUGCUGGCCGACCCGCUCUCUGAGAACAUGGCUGCCUUCUGCUGUCAGGCUGGAUGCACCGACUUGUUCGUGUUUAAACCCAGCGAGCCUCGGCCGCUGUUUUCCCAGAAGGCCGUGUGCUCGGGGACGGUGACUCGCGCCGUCUUCGCCCCGAGGGAGGAGAUGCUGGAGAGCUGCGAGGAGAGCAGCCAGUGGCUCAACCGCUCCCAGCUGUACUUCCUCACUCAGUACAUGGACCUCAUGACGUUCACCACCAAGACAGAAGAGGAGAGACUGAUGGCGUCCAGCAAACAGCUGGUGAUCGAUGACAGCGUCGCCAUGACGCCGUUCUACCUGUUGCUGGGGAAACAUCGGCAGCAGCAACAGGGAGGUGACGACCCGCGGAGCGGCGAGUCAGCGGAGAGGACGCCUCUGCCGCAGGGAUCUGACGCCGUCAGAGAGCUGCUGCAGACCCCGGCUCACGUCUUGCCCUCCACCUCUUUCCUCUGCUCCAUGUUUGUGCAGUCUCUGUUGAUCUCCGUAACAGACUCCAGGGAGGAAAGUAAACAAGCCGAGGAGGAAAUGGAGAGCGAGAAAGAGGAAGAGGAUUCAGAGGAGGAAAUGGAAUCCAGCCGCAUUAGACCGGAGCAGCAGGCGGCGGUGGGCGGCGGCGAGGCGUCCGAGGCUGCAGCCCCCGCUCUGACCAAGGCUCAGGUUAGAGAACUGAGGAGGGUGAAGAAACUCGACCACAGCUGGCUCGCAGGCCUCCUGGACUCAUGAUCAUCACUGUGUACAAAGACUCGCACAGAUACAGAGAUUAUAGACAGUUUUCAUCAGUGGGUUAUUUAUUUUAUAACCUCAUAAAUCAGAGUUUCUUCUAGAAGGACGAGUGUUGACAAAAGUCUCUCUGCAGAUGCAAAAUAGAAAAUAUUUGAUUGCGUAAGUGUCGGAAUCUUGGCAGCCGUCGCGUCCUUUUAUAGUUUAUAUCAGCUUCCAAGUCUUCUGAUGAAGGCUGGAUUGAAUUUGGGUCACUCUCGAAUAUAAACAGUAUUGUUUCUGAGUCGUUCCUGUGGUUGUAAAGAAUAAUAAAUCUGUUUCCAAGUCACAGUCCAGGAUUUCUCUGUGUUCAGCUGCAGUUCUGGAGCAUUUCUCACCAAAUCUGCAACAUGCUGCAAUUUUCAAUCAGUUGAUUUCCCCCUUUUGUCUUCUUUGGACAAGUCUGUACGCCCAGUGCAUGUAAACGCUGUGGUGAUGUAAAAACAGCGAUCAUUAAUGACAUUUUUUACUUGGUAAACUUCUCAACAUCCUGUGUUGUUUGUCAAAGAUGCUUUUUUUUGUUAAUAAAAAGGUUGUUAAUACAACGAUUUAUACAAACAAAGAAGAAAAAUAGCCUUUUUCGUAUGUUGAGGGUUUGAAAGAGGUUCUGAGUCUAGUUAAUUUUCUAGUAUUGUAUCAGAAAAGUGGAAUUAUUGCUGUCUUUGGUUAAUUUUUAUGAUCGGUCUGAAUCGUACUGAGUGAUAUCGAGCGUUAAAACAAAUUUGUAGGUUUGUAUUUGUACAUAAAAACUUUUUGUGUGCAGAAUUUCCUUUUGAACUUGAGAGUAAAUGCUUGUGUUGAUCUUUUUCCGUGGUUUGGAAUCACUUGUCAUCGUGAUGCAGAUUCAUGACCGGAUAUUAAAACCUGGAUCUUUUAUUUAACUUCCCUGAGCCACGUGAUCAUGUGCUCGCCUGCGUCCAUGUGUUCAACUCGAGGGUGAACUUUUGCUGAACUGACAUUAAGAGCAACAAACAACGGUGAAGGUUUUAACUCGAUGAAAACGAUGUUUUUCACUUCUCCCUCUGUGGCUUCAGAAAGAGUUUGAUGACCAAACAUCUCCGCUGUGUACUGCUUACAUGAACGACUUCCACGUUUACUUCUCGCGGUUAAAAACAAGAUGAUUUCAAGUUACAGUCAAGGGAUUCAGUACUUACACAAUCAAUAAUUUUGAGACUUUUUCAACUGUACAUUGUCAAUCAGUGAUUCAAAAACUAAUCAGAUCCUCUGUGAUGAGGUGAAAACUGUCUGUAGCACCGUCUCCAUGCACUUAUAUGUGCAAAUCCACAUUUUUCUACACUUCAAUUGUAAUAAAACUAUUGAAUUCUUUCUUUUAA